GAAUUGUCAGUUUUUUUAUGAAGUCACUUUUUUUGUAAUUUUGUAAAACUUUUUUUAUAUUUUUUUAUUCCAAUGGAUGAUGAUAGUGAGGAAGAACAGGAGAAAGAUUUUGGAGAUGAUGAACUUCAAGAGAUAGAAGAGGCAUAUGCCUUGUAUGCUUUACUAACGGAAGAUGACCUAAUUGAAGAUGAUUCUUCUGGACCCAAAGGCUUACUCCCUACAUCCAAUCUACCAUACGCCAUGAAAGAAAUAGGUUUUGACCCCACAGAAGCAGAGGUUUUUGUGAUGCUGGACGAGGUAGAUCCAAAUAGGAAAGGGCUUAUUGAUUUCAAAACGUUUCUAAACUUGUUGAGGAAGCAUAUAAAACCUUUGAAUGAAGAGCAACUUAGAAUAGCUUUCUCAGUUUUCGACAGAGAUGGGAACGGUUGUAUAGCCACCUCAGAAUUGAAAUAUGUUACAAGAAACUUAGGGGAACGAUACACUGAUGAUGAGAUUGAUGACAUGCUCAAGGAAGUAGAUGCUGAUGGAGACGGAAAAAUCAACUUUGAGGAUUUCAGUUACUUCAUGACCAAACAUUAGAUCAUUUUAUCAUUUUGUAAAUUCAAUACAAACAGAAACUAUUAAAAUU